CAAAUCGCGAUUACACCCGUGUCAUGUCGAUCACCGUGUGACACUAAAGUCGCGGGUGCAGUGAGGGGGAGCUGUGCACACAUUAUGGCGAGUGUGCUGUGCAGGAGGGUCAGACAGCGGAGUCAGUCGUCUGUGGUUCUCACACUGGCUCAGAGGAUCGUGGCCAUCAGAGGAUUUUCAGCCGCGGGUUCGUCUGGAUCAGAUGAGCCCUAUAUAGCUGUGCCAUCUCAAAACUCAGGUCCCAGGACAGUGUGGCCAGAUGAGACCAUGGGUCCGUUUGGGCCUCAGGAUCAGCGCUUCCAGUUGCCAGGCAAUGUGGGUUUCGACUGUCACCUGAAGGGUACCAGGUUACAGAUGAUGGGGCCAGUUCACAGGACGGUCCCGGACGUUUUAAGUGCCCCAUCCAGCACAGAGAGACACGAGUUCAUCCUCGCUCAGUUUGUGAAUGAGUAUCAGGGUAAAGAAGCGUCUCUGACGGCGCAGAGAGUCAGGAAAGCUGAGCACUAUUUCAGUCAGUCAGCUGUGGAGUGUUCCAUGCAUUCCUGCCCAGAGCUGCUGAAGAAAGAGUUAGAGCUGUUUUUCCCAGUGCUGCCUGCGAGUCCCAUCACUGUCGUCACCGUAACACCCAAGAACCAGAAAACGGCCACAGAAGAUCUACAGGAACUACUAGAUCAUUUCUUGCUAGAUGCAUGA